AUGGCACACGAACAUUUACAAACAAUAUGGAUAUUCAGGCGUGUUGUCAUUCUAUUUUUCAGUACGAUUGUUCUUUGCAGCGGGGUCACAACCGAAAUGCGCUAUUCUCUCCAAGAAGAAACACCGGUUGGGACAAUUCUAGGAAAUAUUGCUAAAGACUUUGGCAUUGACUUAUCCACACUUACAAACAGGAAUCUUCGAAUUGUGACUGGGGCGAAACAGGAUCUUUUUCAGGUAAACCUAAAGGAAGGCGCUUUAUUCGUUAACCGUAGAAUCGACAGAGAGGAACUAUGCGCUACAAGUAACCCUUGUUCUGUUAAUAUUAAAGCGGUAAUUGAAAAUCCUCUUGAAAUGCAUCAGAUAACGGUUGACGUUGUUGAUGUUAACGAUAACGCCCCGACAUUUGUAGAUGCUAGUUACAAUUUGGAUAUACUCGAAAGUGCAAUGACUGGAGCACGAUAUCAAUUGGAGGGUGCACACGACCCAGAUAUAGGCUCAAAUGGAUUGCAGACCUAUAAACUGAGCCCAAAUCAGUUUUUUCGGUUGGAAACAGAUGAUUUUGGAGAUGAAGGAAAAGUCCCUGUUCUCGUUCUACAACGAACUCUCGAUAGGGAAAUUGUCGGAAUGCAUUCUUUAAUACUAACUGCCGUGGACGGGGGAAAGCCACAGAAAACAGGCACUAUGAAUAUAACUGUUAUUGUAUUAGAUGUUAAUGAUAACUCACCUGCUUGUGGUAAACAAAAAUAUAUGGUGACAGUGAGAGAAGACGCUCCGGAAGGAACCUUUUUAUUACGCAUUAACGCCACAGAUUCGGAUGAAGGAGAUAAUGGAGAAGUUGAAUACUCAUUGCGAAAUAAGUUUAGAAAUGGAUUAUCGGAGCUGUUUGAUUUGGAUGGCAAAACAGGGAAAUUAUGGAUAAAAGGUGGGCUUAAUUUUGAGGAGAAACAGGUGUAUGAACUAAAAAUUCAAGCCGCCGACAAGGGAACAGUGGCACUUUCUACUCAGUGCAAUGUGCUUGUGAAAGUAGAGGAUGUGAAUGAUAACCGACCAGAGAUUGAGGUCACAUCUUUAUCCGCCAAUAUUCCUGAAGACACCCGCACCGGUACCGUUAUCGCGUUGAUGGGAGUGACAGACUUGGAUUCGGGUAUGAACGGACAGGUUGUGUGCUCUUUACCCGAUAACUUGCCAUUUGACCUGAAGCAGUCUUCAGAUUCAAGUUAUUUACUCGUUACCAAAGGAAACAUUGAUAAAGAGUCUAAGCCGUUUUAUGACAUUGCUAUAACAGCGACGGAUUUGGGAACUCCUCCACUAUCAACAACCAAGAUAAUUCAUGUUGAAGUGAUGGAUGUAAAUGAUAACAGCCCAGUGUUCCUCCAAAACCCAUAUUUAUUCUAUGUAGCGGAAAACAAUAAACCAAGCAUGCCUGUUUUCUCGGUAAGUGCAGCCGAUGUAGACGAAGGUGAAAACGCAAGAGUUUUGUACUUAAUAGACCGUGUGAAUUCCGACCAGAGCAUAACGUCUUUCUUGAAUAUAAAUGAGGAGAAUGGUACAGUUUUUGCUCUCAAACGUUUUGACUUUGAGAUACAGAAGACAUUUCAGUUUCGCGUUGUUGCUAAGGAUUUUGGAUUUCCCUCACGAAGUAGUAACGUUACCGUGAACGUGUUUAUUCUGGAUCAGAACGACAACGCUCCAGUAAUAUUACAUCCAGUCAGUGCUAACGGUUCUGCUGAAAGUGUGACAGAGAUUCCUCGGAAUGUAAAUGCAGGAUAUUUGGUAACCAAAUUAAGAGCAUAUGACGCCGAUAUAGGAUACAAUGGGUGGUUAUUGUUUUCACUUCAGGAAGUAAGUGACCAUUCUCUCUUCGGCUUGGAUCGCUAUACAGGACAAAUAAGGACGCUCCGCUCAUUCACAGAAACAGACGAGGCCGAACAUAAACUGAUAAUACUGGUCAAAGACAAUGGCAACAUUUCCCUUUCAGCAACAGCUACUGUGAUUAUUAAAGCUGUUGAACCCAAAGAGGCUUUUGCGGCUUCUGAUGUUAGAACUACAGUAAAAGACGUUGAAGAAAAUAACGUUACGUUUUAUUUAAUUAUUACCUUAAGCUCAGUCUCAGUGCUUUUUGUCAUAAGUAUCAUCGUGUUGAUUUCAAUGCAGUGUUUUAAAUCUACAGUCUAUGCUUCCAAAUAUUUACAAGAUACAACGUAUGAUGGAACACUCUGUCACAGCAUCCAGUACAGAUCCGGAGAAAAACGGUACAUGUUAGUUGGACCCAGAAUGAGUAUUGGUUCUACCAUGGUCCCAGAAAGCAAUGGAAACACACUAGUCGUCGCAGAUCAGCGGAAGAAAAUGUCUGGAGAGGUAAGAGAUUACCUGUGGGUAACUGUUUGUGUGUUUGUGUUGUUGGUGGUGGUGGAACGCAACGAUGGUCACAGAAAGCAAAACGCUUGA